AUGGGUGGGGGGGAGGGCCCAUCCAUGAAUCACGUGUCGCAAAUGCAGAAGAAGCAGCAGCAACUACAAGGGGUAGUUUGUCAGCUGGUACUAACGAGCAAACAAGAAGAAGAUGCGGAGGUUGCAGGCAGAGUCGGAAGAAGCUUUCGGGAAGUGGUCCUGGAAGUGAACACCGAGAAGAGGAGCGAAAACCUUCUGCGAACUUGGUCCGGAAGUGAAGACGCUCGAAGUGAGAAGGCUUCGCGAAACUGGUUCCGGAAGACAACGCGAAAAAGUGGUUCCGGAAAAGGUGCGCAGAACGUUUUGGAAAGUGGUUCCGGAAGUUCGGCGCAGAGUGCAAGUAAGCGGGUAGAAGAACCCCAAAGUGAAGGCGAACGGUUCCAGCAGCCGUUCCGAGCUCAGUGCCCUGCCAUUGUAGCAUCGGUGGUCAAAGUGCUUCGCCCGAGGAAGCCACCAAAGAAGCUGAGGAACUCGGAGAAGGCGGCCACACCGAAGAAGAAGACCGGCGGCAAGUGCGGUCAUUAAGUGCACUGAGUGAUCCCCUGCAGAGCGAGCAGUGUAAAGGAGCUGGCGGAGAUGGAGCGGUUCAGCGACGUCGUCCACCAGCGUGAGCUGGCUCAAGGUAAGCUCACCACUAUUCUUGACAGCUUGGAAGAUGCCACGACGCUCACAUGGGCAGCGUUGAAGACGUGUCAGAAGGAGGUAGAAGCCGCGUACGAUGCGUACCACACGGCGUACGGGCAGAUCCUUGGCAUGGUUCCGUCAACAUCACGGGACGAGCAAGAUGCCCUCUACGACGCCUUCGACGACCUGCACACAGAGGUCCUGACGGUCAUCGAAGAGAAGCUGCUAGAAGUAGGCCAGCCCACACGACGAAGAAUCGCGUACACGCCUGGUGUACCACAAUGGGUGGACGAGACAACGAACCCAACAACCGCUAAGAUCGUCGGAUGCGCUAACGAGACGGCCAUCGACGAACCCCAGAAGCGUUCCGGGAAGCUGCUGGCAGAGCAGCUGGACACGGAAGAUCGGGUACGACCGGAGUUUACCAUCCCGCAUGGUGAACGGUCCGAGAACAACCACAAGAUCGAGAAGCCCAAGACAAUCAUCGACACAUGCAAGAUCGCUGACGAGAGGGACUCGUCAAAACCCACCAAGAAGCCACCCGGACAGAACGCUACGGAUGAUCCGGGUCAGCAGAAGAUGGUCUCGACCGCCGGAAGUAAGCCGGCACAGAAGUGCGACGUGUGCGGACUAGGCCAGCACAAGAGCUGGAAGUGUCCGCAGUUCCUGGAGAUGGCAGUCCCCCAGCGGCUGAUCAAGGUUAAGGAGAAGCAGCUCUGCUUCAACUGCCUCCAGGCGGGACAUACCUCAGCGCAGUGUGUGUCCAACGGAGCGUGCGCGACGUGCAAGAAGCGGCACCACACCCUGCUGCACGCCGAGUACCGGAAAAACCCAAAGCAACCGACAACACAAAGGAAGGUGGAGCAAACUGGUGCUCCACAACAAGCCGAAACGGAUCAAGUGACGCCAGAGGCCAGCUCCUCUGGACAACUAGCGCCGGACGCGCUGUCAGCCAUCGCGGACUUUCGAGACGAACCCUGCAACCCAAACCCCUGCCGUGGUUUAUUGAUCACAAGUAAGUUCGACACACACUUGAUCAAGGACACUCUGGACAGACACAACGCGAACGAGUUGGCUGACGUGGAGCAGAUGCAGCCACGUUCCAACACCUUGGUGAUUCCUGCGGGAGUCCAACUCGUCGACAGAGCCAACUUGGUGGCUUUGCGCGAGGCGAGGCUCCGCCAGGACACAUACGGCACAACAGGAAGCAGCACAGCACGCGGAGAAGCGGUUAGGGCUCAUGCCACGACGUUUGAGGACGAACCAGAGUUGAACAAGGACAUCGAAGAUCGUGGAGUUGGUGAAACCUACAAGGAAACAAGUUUAGUGAGUGGUCAAACAACACAAGGAAGGUUUUACCUGCUGUUCCAGGCGAUGCUACAAACAUCGAAGAUAACGCUGGCUUUCCAAGUCGAGCGUUUCCAAGGAGGAGAGACAAGGUGCAGCGCCCGGCUGCAAUCAACGCUCUUGACGGCGGCGCGUACAAGUACGCCGCACAAGGCUGCUGUAGUUGGCACACAGCUGAGGUUUCAUGAGCGUUCAAAGCAUCGAGCAACUGCAGCACCAGUGAUUAUGAAGAAGACGAAGAGUGGCUCUGGAAGAACCCACCCACACCAGCGGUCGGUGUGCGCCGACCCACUGACGAAGAGGACAUUUGGAGCCGCUGGAGAUGGUCCAGGUGGAAACAGAAAAAGAUGCCGGUUUCCGACAAUCGGCUUGCAACAGGAGGUACUGAAGAUCAUCUCUCGAGUCGUUCAGUACGAGGAAUCUGAAAGGCAGCCCCAGCGCCUGCUACUCAACAGGACCUGUAAGUACGACAUGAAGCUAAGCAUUUUUGGAAACAAGAUGAAACAGGUCCGCAUCAGGUUGCGGAACCGAAAGCCCCCCGAAGUAAUUGAUCGGAACUUGCCUGGAUCUGGUCAACGAACGGAGAUUGGAACUCCGACCAACACUGGACGGCAGAAGUCCGAGAUCUGGAUCGCUUGGAGAACACUUGCAGUUUUCCGCGGGUGGAGGAUGUUCGAGCCUGAAUCUGUCAGCUCGAAGAAAUUUUUGGUUUUGAUUUGGCAGCACUACGCUUGCUGCGACCAAAACGAGAAAGAAAGUGGCAACCCAGCUGGCGUCGUUGCCAACAACAAAGAAAGCGCGCGCAACGAGCUGCGUGCGAAAUCAAGCGUGCCGAAGCUGACAACAACGCGCCGUUGAUGACGGCUCGACAACGACAUGAGAGAGAGGGAGACCAAACGACGCACGACGAAGGUGGUGCGAGAGGAUUUUUGGCGCGCUACGAAGAGCAGCGAGCAGAAGUGAGCGCGUCGAGACAAGUUUGUCGCAAGCAGCCGAACCGGUCGGACGUCAAGUCGAGCGCGUCGCGAUCGUCGGAAGAACGCUAGAAAACAUCUUUACCUAGUUAAUUUUAGUAGUAAAUAGAAAUUAGUGAAGAGAAAUCUAGUGUUUUGUUUGCUUGCGAAAUUUCCGAUCCUCCCAAGCUGGUUCCCCAAGUCCGCCUGAAGUGA